UAGUGUGAAGAAGGAUAAUAAGGAGAAGGAGAAGGAGAAGGAGAAGAAAUGGAGGAAGGGAGCACAGUAGAUCUCUAUAUCCUACCAGAAGGUUGCAUCUCCAACAUUAUAUCACUAACAUCUCCUCGAGAUGCUUGCCGGUCGUCGGUGAUCUCUUCUGUUUUCCGAUCGGCGACUGAUUCAGACUCGGUAUGGGAGAGAUUUUUACCGUCUGAUUACCAGCAGAUCUUGUCUUCAUCGGUGUCUCCUUACCCAUUACUUUUCUCUUCAAAGAAGGAGCUCUAUCUCCAUCUCUGUAAUAACCCCCUUCUCAUCGACAGGGGCACUAAGACAUUAGCGUUGGAGAAAUGCAGUGGAAGGAAGUGUUACAUGAUCGGAGCAAAAGAGCUCUCCAUUGUGUGGGGUGAUACCCCUUCGUAUUGGAACUGGCGACCCCUUCCUCAAUCCAGGUUCUCAGAGGUUGCGGAGCUCAUAGGUGUGUGUUGGUUGGAAAUCCAUGGUAAGAUGGAGACACGAUUGUUGUCUCCAAACACAACAUACGUAGCCUACUUGGUGCUCAAGGUAACCGACACUGCCUACGGAUUCGACUUUCCGCCGGCGGAAGUCUCAGUCAAAUUAGCCAAUAGAGGCGGCGGCGGUGGUGGUGGUGAAGAAACGAAAUCAGUGUUUUUGAAUCCGAUUGGGAGACAGAGGAGGCAGGUAGGAAUUUACAGGAGGAUUGGGAGUUUCUCAAGGAGCCUGAUGUUUAGUUACGCGUUGAGGCCUCGAGAAGAAGUGGAAGAAGCAGAACCACAAGAAGAGAUGGGUGAGAUACCGAAGAAGAGAGAGGAUGGGUGGAUGGAGAUAGAGAUGGGGGAGUUCUUUAAUGAGAGAGGUGAGGAUGGAGAGGUGGAGAUGACUCUCAUGGAGGUCAAGGGUGGUCAUUGGAAAGCUGGUCUUAUCAUCCAAGGCAUUGAGCUCAGGCCUAAAAAGAACUGAAAAAAAUAUAUAUAUAAAAUUUUUUUUUCUUCUGUUUUGUACUACUUUUAUUAGUUAAAAAAGAAUAGAUAGAAGUGUCUAGUUACGAAAGUGAUCCGAAAAGCCAGGUCUGCAACUCUAUUAAGCUGAGGUGGGAAUUAUUCUCUUUAAUUCUAGUAGAUGAAACUCAUCAUAAACAAAUAUUAUUAUUAGUGAAAGAAUCUAUUAAAUUUAUGCCAAAGGCAAUUUAAUGUAAAGAAUCAAGAAUCAAUCGAAAUCAAAGUUGAUCAAUGUUGUCAAA